AAUGCACCCACCGGAGAGGAUGGGAAAGCCACGUCACGGAAACUAGGAGGAUUGGAAAGCUCCCAAGAGGCCCGACCCAUGGAUAAGGAAAGUAGCGAGAGAGAGAGGCACAGAGAGAGCCCUCAGGGUACGCGUGCUUCCCAGGCCCCACUCUGCCUGCCUGCCUGCCUGCCUCCACUCUCACUGUCGCCAAGAACCCCACCUCCUCCCAACGCUUCCUUCCCUAUCUCUCGCUCUCUGUCUGUCCGUCUCUCUCUCUCUCCCACUCCAUACUCUCUCUGGAAUCGCAACUCCCACGCCUCCCUGCGCUUCCUUCCUUCCUUCCUUCUCGCCCGCGGCGCUUCUCUCCAUGGCUACUCCCGAAGGUGUGUCCACGCCGCCACGCAGGGAUUCCAGAACCUCAACUCUACACUUCCUGCACUCUUCAUCGAAUGCGGAUCCGCAAUCCCGAAUGUGCACCUGAUCCUUGCGGACGUGCCCUGCCAAUUCCCGCUAACUUACGCUUGUGCGCAGCCGCCACGAGGUAGCGCGCUCAUCGGUGAUUCACCAGACCAGCCAUGAGGAGGCGGGGAGAGAACUCCUGCCGCGUGCCGAUGUGUCGCGACUGCAAGGAUGCCAUGCGAGACGCAUCCACACACGACGCCUCCGCCAGACAGGGAGAGACACCGCUGCUCACAACACCUGGUGGCAACAGCGCCGCACCUGGUACUGCACAUUGGUCUCCAACUCAUGGACGCGUUCAGCUCCCCGACGUGGAUGCAAUUAGGUUAUGGGGUGCACGCAUGUUGGAACCUCAUGUCCCGAAUGUCCGUCUCUUAGUGCUGAAAAUUUCUGUUUCGGAUUGUGGGUUGCCGGUUCGUCUCGUGGUGACCGUUUCCAACCGCACCGUGGCAGGAACUCAAGAACUCGACGACCCCGCCGUUCAGCUUGCCAACCUCACUAUUGACCUCGACGACAACUGCGUGGAGCGCAUCAAGGUGAAAGACAACGAGUCGGCCGAAGAAGUGGCCAGAAAGGUAUGCCGGAGCAAUAACCUGCCGGGCCAAUUUGUGGCGCUUCUUGCAGAGCAUAUCAUCGAUCGCUAUCCACGGCGACCGGUGGACCAGAAACCUGAGGAAGCCGCUGCAGUGGCAGGCGGCGAAGAAACCAGAGACAGCAAACCAGGGAGGAGCCAGAACGAGGGCACAACCAUUCGGGAGAGCCCUCACAAAAUAUGACACGAGGAAGGGGAGGGAGCAAGGAGAAAGGGAAAUGAACUUGCCACCUCAAACCGUGUAGUGCGACGCCCCUGGUCUUCCGAUGCAUGUUCUACUGCACAACCACCAACCUGGGGUACGAAAUGCAGGAUUCAGAAUGCAACUGUGCAUUAGAACAACAUAAUCGAAUUACAAAUAACCAAUCCGUGCUAAUACAGGGUUUGAGUCGCACCUCGUCGAGGAGUCGUGACACCUCCUGGUCGCGCCUUCCUCAACACCAUAAAAUUUAGGAAUAACCAUGUUUACUAAACAUUAAACAUUAAGUAUUACUAAACAUUAAAAAUUUAGGAAUAACCAUGUUUACUAAACAUCAAACAUUAAGUAUUACUAAACAUUAAAACUACUUAACACUAAACAAAAGAGUAGUUCCAACAUGUUAUAAAGAGUUACAAUCUAAGCACUUCUUAGAGCAAGUUCUAGAAAUAUAAGAAUAUAAAGCUUACAAAAGAGAGGAUGAGUUGAAGAUGUUCUACAUAGAAACAUGGGCACCAAUAAACCUUUCUUCAUAAGUAUGGUUACAAAUAGUCUUGCUUCCAACUAAUGGCCAAAAUUUGAUGGCUCUUAA